AUGGCCACAAUCCUAUUCAACGAAGGGCACCCCGGACCCAAAUACGCCCAAGAUGCCCCAACCAAAAAACAGCUUCUGAACAAUAUCAUCGACGGCAUGGCUCGAACACGACCCAACGCACUCUGGGCCGUAACACCCAUCUCAUUCACCAGCUACUCUGAAGGUUUUCGAAAAGUCACAUAUUCCGCGCUUGCAAAUGCCGUGAAUGGUAUUGCGUGGUGGUUAACCGAUCAGCUUGGUUCUGGAUUCGGAAAGGAUUUUCCAACUGUUUGUUAUAUGGGUUGGAAUGAUCUGAGAUAUGUUACUAUGGUCUUAGGUGCAGUGAAAGCUGGCUAUAAGAUACUUCUCGUCUCGCCGUAUAACAGUAAUGAGGGAAACAUCAGUCUAUUUAACGCACUGGACUGUCAAGUUUUAGCAACUACAGAUCCUGUUCCACUAGGAGUGCCCGUUUUACUUGACAGCAUGCCCAAGUUACGCACCAUUACUGUUCCAGAUGUUAGCGAGCUUCUAGAGAAAAGUUACAAACAUUUUCCCUUCAGCAAAACUUUCAACGAGGCCAAGGAUGAACCUCUAGUCUGUCUUCACACAUCCGGAACGACUGGUCUACCGAAACCCGUUAUCUAUCCUCACGACUUUGUAUCGACAUAUAUGAGAAUGGCGCAAUUAGCUUCCCCUGAGGGGUUUGAAUCGAGAGAAAAGCAGUACCAAGGCACACGAGUUUUUAUGAAUCUUCCACCAUUUCAUGCAAGAUACGCAUCAAGCAUAAACGCACUAUCCGAAUCACUAGCCAAUCAGAACAUCGUCAUAUUCCCUCUACCAAUGGAACGAGCUACCGCCUCAUCGCUGGUCGAGAUUAUGAAACACACGCCAGUAGACGCACUAUGUGCACCUCCAUGGAUGGUACACGAGAUUGCGACCAAUCCCGAAAUCUUGGAAGAAUUGGUGGCCCGGAAACUCGACGUUAUAUGGUAUGGCGGCGGCGACUUACCACAACAAUUCGGCGAUAUCAUAACCUCUAAAUUCAAAUUCUGGAAUUCGAAUGGCUCUACGGAAACAUCCCCAUUUCCAAAUAUCUACAAGUCAGGAGAAUGGCCGGCAGAUGAUUGGAAAUAUCAAUGUACUCAUCCUGCUGCAGGUUUGGAAUAUCGGGUUUUCUCGGACGAUGAUCAGCUUUAUGAAGCAGUCAUCGUACGGAAUUCCGAUCCUGAGUUUGAACAACCAGUGUUCAAACUCUAUCCGGAUUUGAACGAGUAUUCUACCAAGGAUUUAUUCUCUCCUCAUCCCACAAAGGAAGGGUUAUGGACAUACCGUGGGCGUACCGACGAUAUGAUUUUGGUGGUUGUGGAUAAUGUGGCAACUCGUCCAUUCAAUCCACAAUAUAUGGAACAUGCAGUGACAAACCAUCCUGAUGUCAAGGAUGGAGUUAUGGUUCCCGCUGGAAAGUUUUUCAACGAGAGAUUUGCAACCAAAACUGCACUUCUUGUUGAUUUGAAAGAUAGCAUUGAUGCGACAGCUCUUGGCUAUAAAGAAAAGCUGGUUGAAGAAAUUUGGACUAUUGUUAAUGGUAUCAAUGAGAAAUACAGAGAAGAAGCUUGGGUGCGGAAGGAAUGCAUCGUUAUUGCCAAACCACAGAAACCCCUUCCGAGAAACCCAAAAGGCUCUAUUCAACGGACUAGAGCUAUGGAAUUGUACGCAAAAGAGCUAGAGAGUCUCUAA